AUGGCGGCGACGAUGGCUUCGAUGACAGUGGCGAAGGAGAGAUCGAAGAGGAGGAGUCUACUCGCCGUCUCCUCUAAGCUGUGCAUGAGCGUCCUGCCAGUGUCGCCUCCAACCUCUAUCAGCUCUACCAGCACCCAUCACAAGAUAUAUGUUGAGAUUGAGAGAGCUCGAUUGGCCAAGAAACUUGCCAAGAUUAAGGAGGAACAAGGGCUUAUAGCUGAAGCUGUUGAUUUGAUGCAAGAAAUUACGGUGGAAACUUUUGGUGCCAUGGCAAAAACUGAGAAAAUUGCUUUCGUUCUUGAACAAGUUCGUUUGUGCCUAGACCGUCAAGAUUAUGUUCGUGCACAAAUACUUUCAAGAAAAAUUAGUACGAGAGUAUUUGAUGCUGAUGCUUCAAAGGAAAAGAAAAAACCUAAAGAAGGUGAUAAUGUUGUUGAAGAAGCUCCUGCUGAUAUACCAUCUCUACCAAAGUUGAAGCGGAUCUAUUACGAAUUAAUGAUUCGGUAAAUUAAUCAAUACUUUCCGUUAUGUUGCUUAGCUUGUUCAAUCUAAAUAGAAAUUUGUUACUGGGCGAUGUUUUGAAUCUUGAUGUGGUUUUGAUAGGAUCAGGUAGUAACAGAA